AUGAUGCAGCUGCUCGGGGCUCAGGUGGCGCGAAAGGAGGCAUUGAACUGUGGCGUGAGGAAGUGCAAAAAUCUUGUGGAUAAUGGUGCCGAUUUGAAAGAAAAGACCAAAGAACACGGCGUCUCCGUGGUGCACUUCGCAGCUGCGAAUAAGAAACACGGGGUCGAGCUGGUCAAAUAUUUUGCGUCUCUUGGCUGUAAAGUGGAUGCGAAAGACUCAGAAGGGGAGCAGCCCCUGGACUACGCCAUCAGAGAGGAAGCUCUUGAGGUCACCCAAGAAAUCGGCAGGCUUAGUGAUCCUUCCUACAAUCUAUUGCUCCUUUGUGUUAAGAAGAACAAUCUGGACGUAGCCAAAAAGGUCUUCAAUUUGUUCCCAGAACUUUUCAACGAGUCGACCUGUGAAGGAUUUGUUAUUAGCAUUAUUCAUUUAGCAGCAUACUUUGCUGAUCGACUCUCCGUAAACUCGCCAAUCAGCGGGAAAACUGCUCUUCAUGUUGCAGCGGAGUUGGGAAAUGAUCGAUUCUGCGAGUGGUUUGUCGAGGAAGAAGGUGUCGACGUGAAGGAUAAGACGGCCAAGGGAGAGACUGCCGCCGACCUAGUUCCUUGGUUCAACCUGCCCCUCUUGAAGUACCUCAAAAAUGAGGCUUUGAAAUAG